CCGACCUCGUCCUCUGAUUGGCUAGACCCGAAGGAGGCGUGGCAUCCAGAGUCUGGUUCUGCGCGCCAGAGCCCGCUAGCCGCAUUGCGAGCCAGGGAGGGAGCAGGCGCCAUGGUUCUGCUGCACGUGCUGUUCGAGCACGCGGUCGGCUACGCGCUUCUGGCGCUGAAGGAAGUGGAGGAGAUCAGCCUGUUGCUGCCGCAGGUGGAAGAGUGCGUGCUCAACCUGGGCAAGUUCCACAAUAUCGUUCGUCUCGUGGCCUUUUGUCCCUUUUCCUCGUCCCAAGUCGCCUUGGAAAAUGCCAAUGCGGUGUCUGAAGGCGUCGUUCAUGAGGACCUCCGCCUCCUCCUGGAGACCUACCUGCCUUCAAAGAAAAAGAAAGUACUUCUGGGCGUCGGAGACCCCAAGAUUGGUGCUGCUAUACAAGAGGAACUAGGGUACAACUGCCAGACGGGAGGUGUGAUAGCUGAGAUUCUGCGUGGAGUUCGUCUGCACUUCCAUAAUCUGGUGAAGGGUUUGACCGAUGUGUCAGCUUGUAAAGCCCAGCUAGGGUUGGGACACAGCUAUUCUCGUGCCAAAGUUAAGUUUAAUGUGAAUCGGGUGGACAACAUGAUCAUCCAGUCCAUUAGCCUCCUGGACCAGCUGGACAAAGACAUCAAUACCUUCUCUAUGCGUGUCAGGGAGUGGUAUGGGUACCACUUUCCGGAGCUGGUAAAGAUCAUCAAUGACAAUGCCACAUACUGCCGCCUUGCCCAGUUCAUUGGAAAUCGAAGGGAGCUGAAUGAAGAAAAGUUGGAGAAGCUGGAAGAGCUGACUAUGGAUGGGGCCAAGGCUAAGGCUAUUCUGGAUGCCUCACGGUCCUCCAUGGGCAUGGACAUAUCUGCCAUUGACUUGAUAAACAUCGAGAGCUUCUCCAGUCGUGUGGUGUCUUUGUCAGAGUACCGCCAGAGCCUACAUACUUACCUGCGCUCCAAGAUGAGCCAAGUAGCCCCCAGCCUGUCAGCCCUAAUUGGGGAAGCGGUAGGUGCACGUCUCAUUGCUCAUGCUGGCAGCCUCACCAACCUGGCCAAGUAUCCAGCAUCCACAGUGCAGAUCCUUGGGGCUGAAAAGGCCCUAUUCAGAGCCCUGAAGACAAGGGGUAACACACCAAAAUAUGGACUCAUUUUCCACUCCACCUUCAUUGGCCGGGCAGCUGCCAAGAACAAAGGCCGCAUCUCCCGAUACCUGGCAAACAAAUGCAGUAUUGCCUCACGAAUCGAUUGUUUCUCUGAGGUGCCCACAAGUGUAUUUGGCGAGAAGCUUCGGGAACAAGUUGAGGAACGACUAUCCUUCUAUGAGACUGGAGAGAUUCCACGGAAGAAUCUGGAUGUCAUGAAGGAAGCAAUGGUUCAGGCAGAGGAAGCUGCUGCUGAGAUUACCAGGAAGCUGGAGAAACAAGAGAAAAAACGUUUGAAGAAGGAAAAGAAGCGACUAGCUGCUCUUGCCCUGGCAUCUUCAGAAAACAACAGUAGUACUCCAGAGGAGAAUGAGGAAAUACGUGAAAAACCCAAAAAGAAGAAAAAGCAAAAACCCCAGGAGGCUCCUCAGGAAAAUGGGAUGGAAGAGCCAGAGCCAUCUGUCUCUUUGCCCAAAUCCAAAAAAAAGAAAGCUUUUUCCAAGGAGGAAUUGGUCAGUAGUGAUCUUGAAGAGACAGCUGGUGGCAGUACAAGCCUUCCUAAAAGGAAGAAAUCCUCACCCAAGGAGGAGACAGCUAGUGAACCUGAGGAGGCAGCCAUCAGGAGUAUCCCCAAGAAAAAGAGAAAAUUCUCUUCCAAGGAGGAGCCUGUCAGCAGUGGGCCUGAAGAGGCUGCUAGCAGCAAGAGCAGCACCAAGAAAAAGAAAAAGUUCCAAAAAACACCCCAGGAAGAUUAGGACAUUUCCCUGGAGGGAGCUUACAUUUCCCAUGCCCCAAACCCCAAUAAAAAACAUUCACAA